CGACACCCCUCGCCUCGUGUAACUCCUGAAAAGGAAGACUCCGUAAACACUGCCGUGUAUCCGAUCCCUGUGAGUUUGUUUGGGGCGAGUUGUACAAGUCCCACGGCUGAUGGCUGAUCCGUGCAUUUAUUUGAAAAAAGCAGACAGAUUUAUGUUUUAGAAAUUUACUAUUUAGUCUCGAUCUCUGCUGAGAUUGAGAAGGCCUUAUCUGUCAUCUUGUGAUGCUGCAUGCUGUCGACUCUCAUGCGUCCACAAUAAUCAUGGAAGACAAGAAGACCAGUCUGGAAGUGAUCAAGAGUGAGAUCAAAGAGGAACCUCAGUCAUCAGAGGAACCAUACAAGACCUACAUCGUGAAGGAAGAAGACUUGGAAGAUGACUGGACAGAGAAUGAUGCCAAAGAGGUAUCGGAAGAGCAACAAUCAUCAGAAAGAACUGAGAAGUCUCAGGUUAAGGAAGACCACUUGAAAGAAGGUCAGCAAGGAGAAGAAGUCCAGAGACGAUUUCAUACUGAUUCCGUGCUGGAAGCAGAUUCAGAAGAUGGUUGGACAGAGGAUGAUGACGCUAAGGAGACGGAGGCCCAACAAUCAAAAGAAGCUGACCACCAGACUUUGACAUACUUUAUAAAGGAAGAACCUGCGGAUAGUGACAGUGCAGAUGAUGAUGAUGAAAGGACCGCUCUGCAGGCAACAUCACAAUCAUGUAGCAAACAAGGUGGGGAUUCAAGUGUGCUGACCUGCUAUCAAAGUAUGAGAAACACUGAGGAAAAGUCAAAUGAUAGAUCAUUUGACGAUGCGAGAGGUCCGAGUCUUCCAGAGGAUUUCCCAUUAGAAGCUGGCAGAGGAACUCAAUCCGAUUCAUCUGAAAGAGAGAGUUGCCCAAGUGAGUAUGACUCUUGUCUCAUACCAAGCCAAGUGGCUUAUUUUCAUGAAAAACGAGCAGCUGACAGAGAGACAUCGGAUGCUACCACGUCAUAUCAUAAACCUGGAGGAAUGGAUAAAGAUAGGAAUGAAGACAUCACGAUGGAAUGUGAUGAGAUGAUCAAUCAGUCUUCCCAGCUUCAUGCAACAGGAAGCGAUCAAAAGGAUCCUAGCUGCAGCCUAACUAGAGAAAAACCCUUUCUCUGUUGUGUUUGUAGCAAAGGAUUUGCCCUCAGGACUAGUUUGUCUAGACACAUGAGAACCCAUGGAGGAAAAAAGCCCCAUGAGUGUAUGCUUUGCAGCAAGAGAUUUAUGUACAUGAACAUUCUAAAGGAACACCUGAGAAUCCAUACAGGAGAAAAGACUUAUCGGUGUACAGUUUGCGACAAAGGCUUUUGUGCAAGUGGUAAUCUUGCACAACAUAUGACAGUUCAUACGGGGAAAAAAAGAUAUGAGUGUGGGGAUUCAAGUUUGCAGAGCUCCUAUCAAAGUAUGAGAAACAGUCAGGAAAUGUCAGAUGAUAAAUCAUGUGACGGUGCAAGACAUCUUCCAGAGGAUUUCCCAUUACAAGAUUACUUAGGAACUCAAUCCGAUUCAUCUGAAAGAGAGAGUUGCACAAGUGGGGAUUCAAGUUUGCAGAGCUCCUAUCAAAGUAUGAGAAACAGUCAGGAAAUGUCAGGUGAUAGGUCAUGUAACGGUGCAAGACAUCUUCCGGAGGAUUUCCCAUUACAAGAUUACUUAGGAACUCAAUCCGAUUCAUCUGAAAGAGAGAGUUGCACAAGUGGGAAUACAAGAAUGCAGAGCUCCUAUCAAAGUAUGAGGAAAACUCAGGAAAUGUCAGGUGAUAGAUCACGUGAUGGGGAA